AUGGACUUUGGCUUUGUGAGCUCCCCGAGUCAAUCACCAAGUCAAUCGCUUUUCACCGCCGGACAAUACUUCGACAGCACCUCUGAAGGGUCAAGUCCCAACUCGCCUCGUAUGAGUCAAAUCAUGUUCAACAACGCCCCCAUGCAGUAUGACCUCUUCCCAUAUGGAGCAACGCCGGCAUCGUUUUAUCCCCCGAAUCAGACGAACAAGAUCCCCGUUGAAUACAACAACGCCGCAGCCAUUGAUCAGACUGACCGAAGACGGCGACGAUCUGGCAGCACUGCAGCGCCCACAGCCAAGGACAAGGAAACCAUUCCCAACAUGCACCUGCGACGACGUGCUCAAAAUCGCGCAUCUCAACGGGCCUUCCGCGAGAGGAAAGAAAAACAUGUCAAGGGCCUUGAGCGCCAAUUGGAAGAUCUUCAUGAGAAGCACCAAGACCUGCUACAGUCAUAUACCAGACAAGCCGACGAGGUCUCGAAGCUCAAUGGCAGAAUCGCCGAACUGACAGCAGAGCUCAACGCCCUUCGAUCAUGUCAAGACCAGUCCUUCAGCGAGAUGCUGAUGCCAGACAAGUUCGACAAGUUCGAUGCCUUCUCCACCCACGACAAUAUGCUCUACAACGGACCAGAAUGCUAUUUUGAUAAGAAUGCUGUGGACCUCAACUCGGAGUUUGCCUUGCACUCGUUUGAGGAUUCCUUGUAG